AUGGCGGCGCACACGAGAGGGUUGGAGUUUCUGGGAUGGAUCAACGAACGGACAGGCAUAUCAUAUUAUCUUGUGGACCUUCCAGACCGGGUGGUUAAGUUGGCGCCACAUGCGGAAUAUGCCCAUUCAACAAAGCGCCCGGCCCCACAACCCAAGUUCCCGCGAUCUAACCUUGCAGAUUAUGGAUGUGCCAAUAAUGUGUCAACGUUAUUAGAGAUGCUGCCCCAGAGUAAGAGGCUGCGUUCGAGAGCCUUGGCCACAGCACUGCAGAGGAGAAACAAGCAGCAGCGGGCCAACGGCCUCGUAAUCCUGGGGCGGACACGGGGGUGGGAGAAGGAUCUAGAUUUUCGUUGCCCUUGA